UCUACUAAAAAUACAAAAAUUGAGGUGCCGCUGUUGCUGCUCGUGUUGAAUCUAGAACCGUAGCCAGACAUGGGACUGGAGGAUGAGCAAAAGAUGCUCACCGAAUCCGGAGAUCCUGAGGAGGAGGAAGAGGAAGAGGAGGAAUUAGUGGAUCCCCUAACAACAGUGAGAGAGCAAUGCGAGCAGUUGGAGAAAUGUGUAAAGGCCUGGGAGCGGCUAGAGCUCUGUGAUGAGCAUGUAGCCUCUCGAUCACAUACAGAAGAGGAUUGCACGGAGGAGCUCUUUGACUUCUUGCAUGCAAAAGACCAUUGCGUGGCCCACAAACUCUUUAACAACUUGAAAUAAAUAUGUGGACUUAAUUCACUCCAGCCUUCAUCAUCUGGGCAUCAGAAUAUUUCCUUAUGGUUUUGGAUGUACCAUUUGUUUCUUAUUUGUGUAACUGUAAGUUCACAUGAACCUCGUGGGUUUUGGCUUAGGCUGGUAGCUUCUAUGUAAUUCGCAGUGAUUCCAUCUAAAUAAAAGUUCUGUGAUCUGCAAAAA